GGCCGUGGGUGGUGGGACUGGGUUGGAUGAGGUGGGAAUGAAUGGCGCCUGGGGUUCCGGACUCAGUCCUGGCGCCGCUGUGCGACUCGGCUCUUGACAAGCUACUUCUUUCUCUGAACCUCAGUUGCCUCCUCUGUAGGAUGGGGAUCAGAAUCUGGCUAUGGCAUCCUCAUUAUGGGUUGGAGUGAGAAGUCAGCUCGUGCAUGUCGGAGCCCCUAGCUCAGCGUCUGGCACACUGCUCACUUGGUUGCUAUACUGUUAUUGUUUGUAUUGUUGAUGAUGUUUGUACUUGGUGUGGAAGAGCUGGGUGUGGGAGCGUGGAAUUGGGAGCCAGCAGAUCUCAGUUCAAGUCCUAGCUACACUUUGUGGUAGUGGAACUGUGCCUUCACCUGUCUGAACCUCGUUUUCCUCGUCUAUACAACGAAGGCUAUUAGCCCCAAUAUCAUAGAGUCAUUGUGAGGAUGCUGAUGAAAUGUGCGUGUAAACUCCUUAGCAUAGGACCUGACAGUAGAGAGCAGGAGCUCAGUAGAUUGGGACUAUAAUAAAAAUGAUUCUGAGAGUCAUUGGUGUAGAUGGGACUUGCAAGGAAGAGAGGAGGAAGGAAGCUCAGAGACGGCGAUAGGAAAAACUUGGAAUCUGGAGCUGGGCAAAUCGACAUCCCUCCACUUACUAUUUGAUAAAUUAUGCCAAAUCCCUUAGUAUUACGUUUUCCGUUUUCUUUAAAACUGAUGCAUUUUCCUCCAGUCAGUUCAUUUGAGAAAGAAAAUUUGUAUUGCUUUGUUAAUGGAAAACUAGCAUUUUGGCCGUGAGAAGAAGGAAAACUUAACCUGAACUCCAAUGGAAGCAGAACGGUCUAUUAAAUUGUAGACAGAAACUGAAAGAAUUGAAAAGGGGAUAACUUGUACUAUUGUGGUUCUAUGUUGUCAGAUCCCAUGGACCCUGUUAAGUUAUACUCUGUUCUCAGCUCACACUUUGCAUAUGACUGACAUCAGCUUAGUGACUGUCCUACCCUUUUCUUGACUCACUUAAGAUUUAUUUCAUGCACAUGUACAAAACCUACUGAACAUUGUUCUAAGGGCUUGGCGUUUAUAAACUCUUUUAACCCUGCUAAGCACUUUAAGAAUAGAUAUGCUUAUCCUUCUUUUCUUUUUAAUUGAAGUAUAGUUGAUGUACAAUAACUCCUAUCAUUGUUAUUUUAUGGUUGAAGGGAGUGAGAUCCAGAAAGGUUAAGCCACUUGCCCCAGAGUCAGGGUUAGGAAGUGGUAAACUCGAGAUUUGGAGCCAAGCCUUCUAAGGGCUUAGGAUGAGGAGUCUAGUGCAUGGUGAUUACUUGAAUUGUGGGAGCUGUCAUUUUUCUGUUAUUGUUAAUGUUAUAUAAUCUUCACUGUGCUGGAGAUGGGCUUUUGGUGGUGGAGAGAGGACACUUGAGUCUAGCAGGGAAUUCUGCAGUUAUAGUGGGAGGAUACCAGUACUUAGAGCCUCCUAGUCAGUGUUAACUGAAACUUUGCAAAGACAGACAGACCACAGUGCCUGGCUCAUAGUAAUCCCUUGACCAGUGUUAAUCAUAGCCACUGACGGACUUGGGUUCAAACCCUGGCCCUGUAGUUACUUGCUGUGUGACCUCGGACCUGCCACUCUAAUCUGUAACUUGGAGAUCACUUUUACUUUUUACCGUGGGUGGUUGUGGGGAGUCACUGAGAUGUGAACAUAUUCAGUGCCUGGCACGUAAACAUUCAGCAGGAGCUACUGCAUGGGCAUUGGAAUCAGGGAGAACUUGUUUUUGAGUCCUGGUAAAGUGCUUGCUAGAUGUGGCAUUUGGCAAAUGACUGCACCACAAUGAGUUGGUUUUUUCAUUGAUUAAAAUGGGGCUAAUUAUAGUCCUCACUCAUGAGGAGGUUGUGAGGCAUCAGUGUGAUGCCUGGCAUUGGUCCUGGUGCAUAGAUAGUGCCUGGUGUGUGAAAUGCUGUUGUUCUGUCUAACUCACUGAAGCCUCUCCGUGCCUUUUGCUCUUUGAGAGAUGUUGGUUGUAUUGUCUUUGUCCAGUGGUAAAAUCCCAAAGGGAAAAGGGAUAUUAGGAGCCGAGUACAGGGUGAAGUGAUGUGCGUGGUCAUGUUCAUCAUCCUACUUGGGAGUAGAGGAGAGAGCCUCACAUCUGGGGACUUUGGGAAGGCUUCACAAAGCAGGUGGCAGCCAAUCAGAGUGAUGGAGAGCUUGCCAGGAGGACAGGAGGAGCAAGCAUUCCAGGCACAGAUGGGGACACUGAGGCCCGACUGGUGAAGUCCCUUGCCAAGGUCACACAGCUAGCUCCAGGGAGCAGAGUGAAGGCGAGGGAGACAAUGGUCUCUGUAACUAUGGGUGAGUCUUUUCUCUGGGGCCCCCUCUCCCCUCUGCCCUUUCUGAGGUAUGACCUUGGUCGGGGGGGGGGCAGGCUGGGGGAGGGAGGGCUGGUCACUGGCAGGAACAGCUGUGCUCCGGGGAACGCGGAGGGAGGGCCAGGGCCUGCCCAGGGCCUAUCCACCUCCGCUCUGUAUCUGGGCCUGCUGACAACGUAUUUUGGCCAUAAAGAACUUCAGGCCAUAAAGUCCUGAAGUCCAGCAGAUUUCUCAUAUGACCUCUCAGAGCCUCGAUUUUCUCACCUGUAAAAUGGAGAUAGUAACAUCCUGGGAUGUUGUAAGGAUUAGGAGGUUAUUGCAUGUGAAACCUUGGGCAUGGUUCUCAGCAAAUGUUAUAGCUGUUAUUACUCUCAUGAGCUUUAUCACCACAUUCUCUUCGAACUCUGUACUUGGGGAUUGCCGAAGCACAGAGAUUACUAGCUGGUAGCUUUUAAAUUUUUGGAGAUUUGUACAUAUAGAAGAGUACGUAAAACAUAUUUGUGUGGUCAUAAGAGCAAUUAAAAAGCAAACGUCUGAGCGCAUCCUUUAUGAUUCUAUUUAUGUAAAGCACAGAAGCAGGCAAAAUCAAUCUGUGCCGCUGGAAAGUGUUGACUGCCCUUGCGAGGCAGGGAGAAGUGACUGCCUGGGGAAUGUGAGGCAGGAGAUGCCUCUGGAAUGUUGGCAAUGUUUCAUUUCUUGAUCUGGGGACUGGUUACAUGGGUAUGUUGGUUUAUGAAAAUGUAUCGACUUGUGUGUACUUUUGUGGGUGAACAUAAUAGUUCAAUAAAAAGGUUUUAAAAAAGCACCCCCCCCCCCCAACCACCGUCCAGGUCGAGAACUAGAAAAUUGCCUGCCCCCCUGAGGGCUCCAACCCAAUCACACACCCCCGCCCUCCUCCAGAUGGAAUAAACCACUAUCUUCUCUUUGUGAUAAUCUCUCCUUACCUUUCUUAUAGUUGUACCACGAAUGAAAACAUUCCUAUAGACUUGGUUUUGAACUUACGUGAAUGCAGUCGUGCCGUGAGGUCUUCCGUGUCUGGCUUCUGUUGCUCAGCGCAGUGUCUGAGUCAUCUCUGGUGCUGUGUGUAGCUGCAGUUCUUUGCUUUGCACUGCUCCGUAGUAUUUACUGUGUGAGCAGCCACCAUUUGUCUGUCGAUGCUAUUGUCAGUGGGUAUUGCAUUGUUUCUGGGUUGCAGACAAGCUGCCGUGAAUCUUCUAGUGCGUGUCUCCUGGUGUGUACAGCAAGCCACUCCUCUGAGUCCAAGACACACAUCGUGGCCCAUAUUAAUAUUUCUGAAGUGGGGGUUCAUCUUACAGCUGGUGCUUGUGAUCAUUUAAUUGGCAGCAUAUUUUCCUCCUUAGUAGGACACGAAAUGAUGGUGACGACCAGACAGGGGGACUUCUGCAGUUCCUUGACGUUGCUUCAGGCAGCUAGCUACCCCCAACCUAUGUGGUGUUUUUCCUCCCCUUAAUAACAGCUUAAUUGAGAGGCAGUUCACAUUUCAUACAAUUCACUGAAGCGUACAAGUCCAUGGUCUUUAUAUUCUGUGUUCGCAGUUAUGCAACUGUCACCACAAUCAAUUUCAAAAUAUUUUCAUCACUCCCCGCAAAACCCGAAUACCCAUUAGCAUUCACUCCCCCCUCCCCCCUGCUCUCCCACCCAGUCCCUGGCAACCACUAAUCUACUUUCUGUCCCUAUAGAUCUCUACAGAUUUACCUCUUCUGGACAUUUCACAUAAAUGGAACUAUUGUGUGGUAGUUUUUGACACUUAGACCAAAGGUGCCUGCUUUUGGCUAAGGGAACCCAGGGCCCCAUGCCUGGACAGGUGGAUAGUGCCUGUGAAAAGUAGAAAAAGGUCCGCUUUUCCUCUGGGCUGCUGGAGGAUGUCCUGAGGGCAUGAGCUCCUCACUUGCCUCAGGCCCAGGGGGACUGGCCUGUGGCUGGGUGGGCAGGGGCCUCUUCGGGAGGGGAUGCACCUGAGCCCCCUACCCCCCACCCAUGCAGUGUCUCAUCCAGAGUGUGUCUCUUUCCCUGCUCUGAGCCUCAGUUGUCUUACCAGCAAAAUGGGCAUAGUAACACCAACUUUCUUCUUAUCUAAAAUAGCAUGGAUUGUUGGAUGUACUGUUAUGUACCCUGAGAAAGAUAAAGAAAAAAAUGUUGCCAAUUAAAUUGUGGCACACCAUCAAUUGUGAGGUAAAUCCUAGUUUCAGAGAUAUUAAAAUGUGAAAGAAAAGUUCUCCUUGGAACCAAUAAUCUUCUCUAACACCUGGCCUGACAGGUCAGGGUCAGUUUGAAGGUCACACCCAAGAGGCCAGGAAAGAACUUUGGAAGCAAUCAAGCUACAUGGAUGGGGUCUGCCUGGUCUUGGCUCCAUGUGUAGUGGUGGCAUCAUCAUCACCAUUAUCCCCUUCAUCAUCAUCAUCAUCAUCAUGGCUGCAAUGGGUUGAGGACAUCCUCUGGGCCAUGUGCCACUUAGAGCCCUUUUUGUGGACUUCCUCUUUAGUCUGCACGAUGACCAAGGACAUCAGUGCUGUUAUCACUAGAAUGUCAGCUCCAUGAGGAAAGGGACUCUGUCUUGUGCCCUGCGGUAUCCCCAGUGCCUAGAGGAGGGCCUGGUGUGUGCCAGGUGCUCAGUACAUACUUGUUGAAUGUAUUACCCUAGAGGACACCGAAGCCCCAAGCGUUACCUUGCCCAAAGUCCCUCAGCCGGGAGAUGGCAGAACCGGGAUUUGAACCCAUGCUCCAAACAUGCUCACCCUGAGGCCGGGCUGCUUCUGUGUGUGUGUGUAGAGGGGGGUUGCUUCUGACACCCAGGGGUCAGCUCUGCAACCCUUCUUUCCAUCCACCUAUGAACCCUGUCACCCUCGGGGCCCGCACCUGCUGAUGGGGACCUGGAUGGAGAACCCAGAGUCCUGGCUCCCCCAAACCAGUCAUUGGCCAAGCAUGGGGGGGUGAUUGCUGCAGGUCACGCUCCAGAGCAGGGCAGAGCUGCAAGGAGAAGGGCGGUAUGGAAGCACAGGGCCUUGGGAAGUCUGCUUCUUGUUAGCAGGGUGGCCUGGGGAGGGUCCCCCGACCUCUCCCUGCCUCAGUUUCCUCACUGGCAAAAUGCGGGCGUCAAUGCUGCCUAACCCACAGGGCUGUCAGGCCGGCUUAGUUCCGUCGUAUAUGCAGAGCUCUCAGGCCCAGGGCCUGGCGUUUGAUGAGCAUUUAAUUUGCGGGAGCUGCUGCUGUUGUGGUUUGCUGCUGCUCUUCUCUAAGGAGAGUAACGUGAAUAAUGAGCCCUGUCUAUGCCCCCACCCCCCAGCCACUUCCGAGUGGAUCCAGUUCUUUAAGGAAGCCGGCAUUCCUCCGGGACCUGCUGUCAAUUACGCAGUGAUGUUUGUGGAUAACAGGAUCCAGAAGAGCAUGCUGCUGGAUCUCAACAAGGAGAUCAUGAAUGAGCUGGGCGUGACUGUGGUGGGCGACAUCAUUGCCAUCCUCAAGCAUGCCAAGGUGGUGCACCGCCAGGACAUGUGCAAAGCUGCCACUGAGUCGGUGCCCUGCAGCCCCAGCCCCCUUCCAGGCGAGAUUCGCCGAGGCGCCUCUAGCGCCGCCUCCCGGAUGAUCACCAACAGCCUGAACCGAGACUCCCCACCUGGCACUCCCCCCAGGCGGCCGGACACCAGCACCUCCAAGAUCUCUGUCACUGUGUCCAACAAGAUGGCAGCAAAGAGUGCCAAGGCUGCCGUCUUUUUUAACAGAUGGUCACUGAGCCCCGCAGUGGUGCCCGGCCCUGUGCUUGAUGCCUGGGGUCAAAGACUUUUCCAUGCUUGGCUGCCGUUCCUCUUCCAGGUCUCAGCUGCAGCCCUGGCCCGCCAGGAGGAGGAGAGCUUGACUGGUCCCACCAAGCGGCGCCGGGUCACGGCCGAGAUGGAGGGGAAGUACAUUAUCAACAUGCCCAAAGGCACCACUGCCCGGACCCGUAAGAUCCUGGAGCAGCAGCAGGCAGCGAAAGGUCUCCACAGGACGUCUGUGUUUGACCGCCUUGGCGCCGAGACCAAGGCAGACACGACGAUGGGGAAUAAACCCACAGGAGUCUUCAGCCGCCUGGGGGCCACCCCAGAGACCGACGAGGAUCUGGCUUGGGACAGUGACAACGACAGCAGCAGCUCUGUCCUGCAGUAUGCCGGGGUCCUGAAGAAGCUAGGCCGGGCCCCAGCCAAAGCCAGUCCCCAGCCCGCACUAACUGUCAAAGCCAAGGCCACAAGCUCGGUGGCAACGGCCGCUGCCCCAACGCUGCGGCGCCUGGCAUUUUCCUCACAACCUGGGCUCGAGAGGAAGCCGGAGUCCCUAUCCAAAGUCAGCAUCGUCCAGAGACUGGGCAAGGCUGCCCUCGUGCCAGAGGCCCAGGACAGCCAGGUCACGAGCACCAAGAGUAAGUCCUCGGCUGAGGUCAAGGUCACCAUUAAGAGGACUCUGGUGGGGCCCCGGGGGAGCAGCUCCAGCGAGGGCCUUGGUGCCCAGAUGGACCACGCGGGCACUGUGAGCGUGUUCAAAAGACUGGGCCGCAGGACCUUCUAGCCCAAGGGCGGGGCGCAGGCCCCUCUCCAGCCUCCAGGCUCCAUCAGAGUCUUCAGCGAGGGCGCGCGCACGCCCCCUGCCGGCUGCCGGGUGACACUGCUUGUCUCCCUCAGGCAUUCCGCCAGCCUGAGCUUCCUGGGGAUUCGCCCGGUGUUUCUGAGUCUGAGACGGUCAUUGUGGCCCGGCCUUGCCGCUCUGGGACUUUCCCUUCUCUCGCGUCCUCUGUUCUCUCCUCUCUGACCGUGGCCUUGGCAGGACACACUUUUCUACCUCUCCAAGUGCCAAGUGCCCUUUUCCUGUCCUCCAUUCCCCAUACUCCCUCUCAGCAACAUCUGCUGCCUCAAACCCCGGCUCCGGGCCUCCCUGUCCCCCAGGGUGGGUGUCGUCUGAAGGGGCUCCCAUAUCCCCCACCCCCCUGGCUUCCUCACUUCCCUCCCUCCUCUGCCCCCUCCCCCCGAUGCUUUGACUUCUCUCUCUCCGUCUCUUCACUCUGUUCAUUUCUUUUCUGUUUUCUGUCCCUGUGGCAAGGCCCGACUGUCCGCUGCGUCCUGCCUGACCCUCCUGCACCUCCGGCCUCCCAGCGGCCCCCUCGUCGGUGGCGGUGGCGUCGAGCCUGUAGAGACUGUUAGCCGCCGUCACUCCUAGGCUGGAGGGACCGCCCCAGACCCCAGGCUGCAGCCGGGGCACCUGCCUGGGCACCUUUUUCCCUGAAAGUCGGUGGCGGGUGGGGGGUAAGGGGCACUAAGAAGGGAAGCCAGCACCGAGAGAAGAAAACAGCUAUUUUAAUAUAUUUUUGUGACGUUCAGACUGUUUCCCUCCCCUCCUUCAGGGCGAGUCGCAGGACUGUUUUUCUGCAUGAAGCACAGUGCGGGCGGGGCACCCACGAAGGGUUGGGCCUCGUCUCUGAGGGUCAAGCUCCCCACAUACAUAGGUGGGCCGUGUUUUUGCUGCAGGCCCCGAGGUGAAGGGAGUCACGGUCAUGGCCAUCAUCUAGUUGGGCCUCCUCCUCCCCUCGGCAACGCGCAGGGCUUCUGUCCCUCUGCCCGCCCCUUCCACGGAUUUCCCGUUUCUGCCCCUCUGCCUGUGGAUGGCUUUCCAGACCGCAGGCUUCACUUGCGGGUGCCUGUGGAUUUGACUGUUUAUCUACUCCCCACUGCACAGCACCUGCUCUGUGCCAGGCCUGUUCUAGGAGCUGGGGAUCCAUCCAUGAGCAAGGCAGACAAGUCUCUUCCUGCGUGGCUGACCUCUCUAGCCAGGGAGACAGGCGGUAAUCUGUAAACCACAAUUUGCCAUUUGAACCAUUUUUAAGUGUACUGUUCAGGGGGUGCCCAAAGAAUUGGAAGGGUGACUGCAAGUGACCAGGGCCUCUUAGAUGUUUGGGGCAAGAAGGCCUUUCAGAGGAGGUGACCUGUAGGGUGGCCUGUGUGCAGUUCAGGCAGAGGAAACAGCCAGGGCCGCAGCUCUGAGGCGGGACAGUGAACACGGAGAACACCAGCGUGGCUGGCAGGUGAGUGAGGGGCCGGAGGAAUCUGGACCUCCUCCCAAGAGUGCUGAGGAGUCUGGGGGCGUUUAAAGCAGGCAAGUGAUGGUCUGAGCUGCCUUUUACGAAGAUUGCUUGGGCCACUGUGAGGAGGACAAGUUGCCGGGAGGGCAGGGGCGGAGGCGGGGAGGCAGCGUGGGGAGAGAUGGUGGGUGGGGGAGGCAGUGGGUGGACCUUGUGUGCGCUUCGGAAGGGGCAGCAGGACUCUCCACACGGGUGGAUUGGAAAUUGGGGCAAGGAGAGGGGCUGGAUCACACCUAGAUGGAGGACUUGAGCAUCUAGAGGAAGGUGCUGUUUGUGGAGCCGGCUGGGGCGGGAGGGCGCUCAGGUGUCAGGCGUUGACUGAGAGGUGAGCAGGCUGCUGGGGCGACAGCUUGGGGGGUGCUCAGAGUACAGCCGUGUUCAAAGCCGAGGGCCUGGCGAUACCAGCUGGAAAAGGGUAUAGAGAGAGGAGGGGACCCAGAAGGGAGUCGGGGCCCUUUUCCCAUGUAGAGAACAGGAUCUGAUAAGGAGAUUACCAAGGAGUGGGCAAGGGGUUUGGAGGAGAACUCACUGCAGGUAAAGCUGAGAUUAGAACUCAUCCAUUUUUUUUGUUUGUUUUCAUUGUGGUAAAAUAUACAUAACACAGAGUUUAC